AUGCAACAAGUUUUGGCAUCUGUUUGGCGGCCGGUGAUGGGCAUGUAUGCGGUGACUCUCGUCGAUGAUCUCUUUUUAUUCCAAUUUCCGCACUCGAAGGAUUUGCAGCGGGUGAUCGAGGAUGGCCCUUGGUCUUUCGACAACCAGUUGCUUGUUUGUGAUCAGGUACCGGUGGGAACCAGGCCGGAGGAUGUAGCGCUGGAUUCUAUUCCUUUCUGGGUCCAGGUUCAUGGAUUGCCUGCGAUGUAUGCCUCCCCUGAUUUUGUGGCUAAGAUCGGUGAUUACGUCGGGAGUUUUAUCGCGGCGGAUCCGUUCAAUUUUGGAGGGGCUUGGAGAAGUUUCUACAGGAUUAGGGUGCGGAUGAGUGUAUCAGCUCCGCUGAAGAGACGUAUGAAGCUGUUGCACCGCGACGGGGGUAUUCUGCCGGAUGCUUUCCCAUUCGGAGCAUGGAUGCGGGCAGGUCCUAGGAGACAGGUGAAGCCGGUAGGGGCACGGUGGCUGCUAUCACCAACAUCACAAUCGUCGGCAGGGCCCAUUACCCCGGACGCUGGGCCUCCCCCAGCAACCCUGGUGGCAAUGGAAGAGAGUGGCAGAUUGCAUGGUGAUCUCAAACGGCGAAGGGAGGAGGUGGUUCGAAUGGAUGGUUUGCAUGAAGAGGACGUACAGAUGGCGGAAUCGCCAAAAAACCUGGAGAAGGCGAGUCUGGUGGACCAGGCUCGCCCAGUGCAAUGA